AUGGUCAAAUUAAGGAACGCGUGGAAUGGCGCAGCGCGCAGGCAGCGCACCACCUCCGGCAACCUCAUCCAGGUCGUGGGCACCCCCUGUUAUGCCACUUUCCCUGUGGCACAGGAGGUCACGGACGCGCCGAAAGGAGUGGCCAUGUGGGGCGCGGCGCACUGCGUGGAGAGUGCGGCCUACGGCGCGACGACUGGCACGGGGCAUCGCGAACCUUGUGCACAGGAGAGCGCCUGGGUGCGACGACCUGCGGCCGAUUCCCGCGGCCAUUGUGGCGACGUGGAGUUGGUGCUCGAGCAGGGCCUCCUCGACCUCGACAGGUUCCUGCUCCACUUUGCCGACGGCAGGGCCGAGUGCGAGGCUGCCAUUGCCAGUGAGUGUCUUGACGACGUGGAGGCUGACGCUGGCGACGAGGGCCGAGCUGGCGUCGAUGUGCCGCCGCGACAUUUGACGCCCAAGGCAUUCCUCAGGCUCGGUAAAGAGAGCUUGGGCGAUGACAGUUGCUUGGCGCCUGACGAUGGUGCUGGCGGGCCAGCUGUCGGUCCAGAUGGUGCCCCGCACGCUGCGGCGGACCUGGCGAUAGUUCCCCUUCCGUUGCCAGACGCUGCCGCUGAGGACCCUGAUGACAUCGGCCCAGUUGAAGAUAUUGUCAUCGCAGGUGCUUCUUUACGUGCGGUGUCUGUGUUAUGGGGGCGGGUCCGCCAGUGCGACGCGCGAGAGCUUACGGAUGCAGUCUCCAUGCGGAUUGCCGACCAUUACUUGUCCACGAAACGUUCGCAUGCCAGCUUGAAGGUAGAGGCCGGCAUGUUGGGCACGACGCCGUUCAUGUUGUCGUCACGGCGACGGUGUCUUGCCAUGGCAGGCUUGUCGAUUCUGCAUUCAGACGCGAUCAAUGGGAUGCAGCAGAUUAUUUCGAACACGCGCAAAGCUGGAGGAAAGCUGCUUCUCUUUACGGAAUCGUGCCACUAUGGCGAAACGCCCAUGAGGUUGCGCGUCUCCGACGUCGAGUUCAAUGCAGUUUUGAUGGCGAGCUCCACACUUUCGCCUGAAGAGGAGAGGCUCGCGGCAUCACUCCGUGAAGUUUCGCAGCAAAAGAUUGUGGCAACGUUUUGGGUGUUCAGUCUCAUGGUCGAGGGGCUCUUUGAGAGGGCGGUGUUCUUGGAUGCGCCUCGGUGCCGCAUGCGCGCCCUCGGGGAUUCUUGGGCCGGUCACGACAAGCCACUGGAUUGGAUUGGCGGGUUAGCUUGCAUCCACGGUAUCUUUCAGGAUGCCUAUGUGAACUGGUGCGCCACAUUCAAAGACGUUGUUGGUGACGUCGGCGCUGGAGGCGUCGAUGGAGCUCCUGCAGGCGGCGCAGCUGCGCCCCCGAUGCUGUUGGAUGGCGACGCGGGGCCCCAUCUGGGCAUGGCAGAGGCCGCGGCGGCCGCCCCCGCAGCCCAUGCGCCUGCCGACGGGGGCCAGCCCGAUGCCCUGCCUGAGUGGAAGGUCCAGCAGCAGGAGCUGGCCCGUCGUCGCCAGCGAGUUCGGGACUGGAUAUCAAGGCCCACGUUCCUUGCUGAGACCAUCGUGCUUCGUCGCGUCGCAGAAGUCCACAGGUUUGCGAUGCAGAGUUUGUUGUGGAUGAGCGGCUCGGCAUGGGACCUUCGCCAACGUGCUGAGGAGGGCCGAGCUGUGCUGGCUGGUCGGUCUGGCUUCAAUCUCCGAUCAUAUCGAGCCUUGUCGUUGGCUUCGGGCGUCCCCGAUGUCCAGGUGAUCGGUCUGAUCAAGCAGCUGAUGAACUCUGGAGGCAUGUGGCGUGUGCUCCCAGCCAAUUGCAGGUCUCUCUCGUUGCGCCUGAAGGUGUUCAAGCAGCUAUCCAGGUCACUGUGUCUCAUGCUGGAGUUUCAGGCUCAUAGGUCAACAUGCCCUUUCAAGCCUUUUCGUUUACUUUUAGAGCCAGGUUUGAUUGAUGAGAUUCUCGCAGAGGAGCACAUGUGGGAUGAUUGGUUCGCAUCCUUCCACUCGCACUGCACGAGCGGGGGCAGAGGUGGCGUCACGUCGACGAUUGCACUGGCUGAUCUUCGGUGCACGCUCUUGCUACUCAUGCACGACACUGUGCCCGUUGAGGUCGGCCACAGUCGGUUUCGCAGGCAGCUGGAGGGGUCGAGCGUGCAGACUCAUCGACAAGCCAUCGAGGACGCCAGCGCCGCCGAGUUGCUGAGGCGGUUUCGCGCCUUCGAGCAGGCAUUCCAGGACAUUCGCGUGACUGGUGCGCCAGAGUCGGGCGCGGGAGGGCUCGCCGCGGCGCCAGCGGCCGCGCCCUCGGCCCAGGCGGCGAGUUCGUCGCAGGCGGCCGAGUCGGCCCCGAGCAGGAAGAGGCGGAGCCACGGCGGCGGCCCUUACCGCGCAUUCUUAUCCCAGAGGUUUAAGAACGUGGACGGCAAAGUCAACUGGGGCGGCAGCACUUCCGCCGAUUACCGCCGUGACAUGGCAGAUCCAGUGAAACGGGAGGUGCUCAUCGAUGCUGGCAAGCGGGCGACCGAGCAAGUGCGGAUGGGGGGCAAGAAGCCGUUCGGGCUUGGGAAGAGAGACAUCGAGAGACAGAGCUUGAAGUCCGCCCGCGAAGCCCAUGCAAAGCAUGCGCUUGCCAUGCACGAUGCCAACCUGGAGCGCCAGGACGUCGCCCAGAGCAUGUCGUUGAUGCCACUUUCUGCCAGCGCCGCGUCGCCAGCAGACUCCUGGAAAGCCGUGUUGGACUUGAAGGCCGUUUGCUCCGCCCAGACGAAGAUGCAGCAGGAGUUGAGGGCUGCCGAGGUGCGCUCGUUGGCAAACUAUGCUCGGGAUGCUGGUUUGGGAUCGCGUUCCUUGCAGGUCGGAGCCGUCUGUGAGCAGAAGGCCGACCACUUGCCCAUGCCGAACGGCUACCCGGCCUGCUACGACCACGAGUGGAUGCCAGCAGGCGUCAUGACGAAAAGCAAACAACUUUUGAGCAUCAGCACCAGCAGCGUCGUCGGGCAGACGAUCCAAAACAGGUUGUUCAAAACAUGGGCGAAGUUGCACAAAAUAUGCGGUGGCCCCCGUCGACCAGAGAUCAUUGAGGCUGCGAGGAAGCUGGGCGACGUGAAGAAGAACCACCGUUGCAAGUUUCUGGGCUGUUGUGUGUGCGAUGUGGGUGGCGCAGCUCACGUGGGCAAGGUCGCUGCAAAAUUCAAAGCAGCUCUUCGUUCAUCCGCUACGGCCUCAGCUGGUUUCAAACAGAAGCUGUUGGACGGGGACGUCGUCGCCGCAUUCAUUGGCAGGGACGUCGGCGCCGAUGGCGGAUUCACGGAGGGCGCCGACGAUUCGGUUAUUGUUUUGUGGGCCCACGUCGGUUGGCAGUGGCAGAGGCCUUGGGAGUCUCUUUUCCAUUAUGUCGAGGCCCCGCGGGGCGAUGCAGCUCAGAUUUCGCCAUGGUGUUCAAGGCCCCGCAGGGUCACGAGCUUGUUAGAUGGAUCUGGCACAGUGAAAUUUUUCUCGAAGCUGAACCUUGAUAAGCGCUGGGACGUGAGCUUUUGGGAGUUGCGGCGCUCGCGUGGUAUGCUCGGGAGUUUCGUCCCGAACGUGGCCGAGUGCGAUCCCGCCAUGCCCGUCAACCCCAUUCAUUUGUUGUGGAUGCUUCGGCGCGGUCUUCCACCUGGCAAGCGGAAGAAGAGAGGCUGGAGCAUUGAUCUGUCGAAGUACGACGGCAGCGAGGAUGACGACUUCGACGGUGAGGACGUCGUGGCCGACGGCGUUGAUGCGGCCGUCGACGAUGAGCUCGAUGGGGGCCGCGUCGAGGGCCCAGGAUUCGACAUUGCUGCUGCCGACGCGGCGGGUGAUCCUAUCGACUUACCGCCCGAACCUGCAGCAGAUCACGUUGCCGUGGGCGGCGCUGCUGUCAGUGAGGCUGGCACUGAGUCAGAGCGUGAGAUGGAUGUCAUCUUUGGUGAAGGUGGCCUGGAGAGGCCAUGGAACCAGCAUUGGAGCCUUGAGAACACAGGUGUCAAGGACGGCAUGGUGCGGGGCUGCGGGGGCUGUGCGGAGCACAAGUAUGAUAACGAGUUAACUAAGAGUAGGACGUGCAGCGGCGACGAACUCUUGAAUCACAAGGGCCAUGAAAAGGAGGCGGAGCUCUUCGACGCGAUCAGGGGCGGCAUUGGGCUGCGUAGGACUCCCUGCGAGGGCUCCGCCCGCGCUCUAGCACCCGCGACGCUUGACCAGGCGUUCGACAUGUGCCACGUCUCCAUGCGGCGCGCGUGGUCGCGCGCUGUAGGCAACGACCAGGCCUUCUUUGCAUCAGAGGCGUGGAGCUCAGAGAUUGACAAGUCUCAGGGAGAAGCCGACGAUGGCCAGAGCGAAGAUCCAUCGCAAGGGUGUUCAAGUCCGCGAGAUUGCCUCAAGGAUGCGUCGGCCGAGGUCACCGAGACAGGAGCCGUUCUUCUUCCAGUGGUUGAAGUUCCAGCGAGGUUGCCUGACUUCCCAGACGAGGCGCCACUCGACUCGGGCCCCACGCGUCUGAUGGCUGCGGUGCUGCCUUUGGAGACGCCGCAGCAAGAAAGCACACCAAAGGCACCAGAUGCUGUCCCUCUGGCCUCGAUGCCUGGGUCCUCAAACGACUUGCCCGACUCCGAAGUGGCUGGGGGUGAUGUGGUGAUUGCCGAGGUCCUCCCCGAGCGCAUGAAGACUGUGACGCAGACGCACGUCUACAAUAGCCUUCAUGAUGUGCCUGGGUGGAUGGUAUCCUUCUUCAACAAAAUGAUGCCGCACUUCGAGUCUCAGGGAGCAGAGCCCAUGGCCAGGGGCAAGCAGUCGGCGCGUGCUAAGCAGCAGGCCUUGGCGCUGCCGCAAGGGAGGGCCGCGAGCGACGAGGCCAGUGAUGGUUGUGAGAGCGUCGCCUCGGCGGCAACUGGAAUGACGCCGCCGCCUCCGAAGGCUCCUGCUCAGAUGAGGCCCCCGCCGAGGAGGAAGAAGGCACCCGCCAACUGCGUCGGCUGCGGCGUUUGCAACACUAGCCCCUGGGCCGAGUACAUCAAGAAGGCGAACGGCGAGCAGGUGCCAGUUGGUCCUGGAGAUGCCGAGUGCUACAAGACGUGGUUGGCUGGCUUCCAGACAGACGGCAGUUUCGAAGAAGUCUUGGAGAAGUGCCGCGCCGACAGCCAGUACAAGGAGUGCUUCCAGAAGGCCGACUCCAUCAGGAAGGGGCUCACGAAGGCAGUGUACCGUCUCGCAGACAUCGCGAAAUCAACUUCGCAGGGCUACCGCGCAUAUCGGUGCAAAGUGGGGCUGAAGCCAGUCGAAUUCGAGUCCAUUUUCAAUGGCACCAUCGAGGACGCGGGCCUGAAGCUACAGGACCUCCCGAACGAGUUCGGCGUGAUGUUCAAGGGUGCUCUCGUAAACGAUCCCGACCGACCUGGCGUCAGAUACGACGUGUUUCACGAGACCGCUUUGGAAAAGGUACUGUGUAUCAUGUCGAAGAGCGACCACUUCUGGUCUGGCCAGGAGGACAAGAUCUUCGAGAGCGUCUUCAAGUCAGACUUGAAUCCCGUGGGAUCGGCGUUGCAGAAGUUGCGGACCCAGUCGGUCGAGCCCAACGAGAUCAGGCAGGCGAUCUUUGAGAAGAGCGGCAAGACAUCAAGCGGGCCCAUCGGCGUUUCCUCGUCGGGCGGUCUUUCGGCCUCGGGGUCUGGUGGAGCUGCUGCCGCCGCCAGUGCUGCAGGAGGUCCCGAAGUAGAUGCAGAGUUCGAUGAGUUGAUGGGCGACACUAUCGUUGCAGCGGAGAGCGGGCCCAUGCUGCACGAUGCCACCCCCGUCGCGAAGACGACAGCAGGCAGGGGAAAAUCGACCCCCAGCUGUGCAGCUUCGUCGGAGCUUGGUUUACGCAGGGGCGGUUCUACCAUGUAUGGAGAUCUUGAUGAUGACGACGGCACGCCAGAUGGUAAGCGGCGCAAGUUCAGCACGACCGAGUGGAUCCAGAAGCUCGACCUCAUGAAGGCGCUGAGCGGGGCGGCGAUGGCACGCAAGAAGACUUUCGCUCAGACGCACUACAACAAUACCCCAGCCUCAGACACCAAGAAGAGCUUGCUGGCUGAGCAGAUCUUGCUGGUGGGCUACGCGAUCGACAUCAGCGAGUGCGACGUGGCCAAGGUGGAGGGCGAUUUCAUCACGACCCGCAUUGAGGAACUCUUGAGGGCAACCCACGACGGCAUCCAACGGUUUUUGAAGACCAUCUUCCCCUUGAACAUCAGCGGCUGUGACGACGAGGACAACUUCGACUGGAAGGUACCCAAGCUGUGGCAGUGCGAGGGGUCUCCUUCGGAAUUCGCGAGCUACUUCACUGCGGGCCUCGAGAAGCUCAUCGUGCCGCUGCUGACGAAAAACUCGGAGCCCAUCGACAUCAUCUUGAAGGCUUGCUCGUGGUGCUUGGAGGCGUACGCCGACGUCCUCUCUCAUGAGAUGGACGACUCGUAUGCCGAGGCGUUGCUGGACGCUUGUACUUGUUGGCGCGGUUGCCUUGGCCUUUUCAACGUGGCGGCCUCGACCACGCACGACCGGGCGAUCAAGAUGCUCAUCGAUAGGCCUCCCAAGGGAAAGGAGGACUCUCUGCCCUCGGUUGCACGGGCCACGAUCUCAAGGGUGAUGGAGUUCAAGCAGUACGUCGACGACUACACCGUCAAAGGUGCCAGCACGCUGCUCACUGCGCCCAAGUUUCAGGAGGCCAUGGCGUCGUUGCAGGAGGCCGCCACCAUGUCGAGCACGACGGAGGCGGUCAUGAAGUAUCCCGAGUUCAAGGCGAACAUGCGUCAGGGCAUGGUCGACGGCAUGGAGGCAGAGCUUUUGGGUCUCGUCCAGUUCUACGCCAAUGACUUCAAAGAGUUCAUGCGGCACGACGUGCCGACUGACCAGGCUGGACGUCACGCAGUUGUCAAGGUGUGCGAUGAGGCGAAUGCACUCUUUGAGGCGGUCGCGAAGCACAUGGUGGAGCUUGUACCCGGUGCCCCGCAGCUGGUGUCGUUCGCGAAUGCUGCUCGGGCCAAGGUCACGUCGCUCCACCGCCUGGAGUGCUUCUUCACGCUGCUGGAUGGCUACGCGAAGCCGCCCGAUGGUGCAGCAGCCGCUGCCGCUGGCAACUUGCCAUCUGCUGAGCACAGCAGGCGCCUGGUUGACGAGUGCAAGGGGCUUGCAACCCUCAGGGACGCCGUGAAGAACAACGGCUCGUACAAGCAGAUCCUCGUGUCCGCCGCGGAGAGGACCGCCGAGGGUAUCUCUCUGGUCGGCUCGGUCACCGCGCCUGGCUGCAAGGAGGCCUUGUCCGCGCUCGCAUGCCUCUGCAACCUGGCGGCGGAGGACGACUCGAUUCGCGACUCCGCGAUGCUGGUGGACAUCGGCCAGGCCGCGAUCACGCUGCACAGCACGAUGUCCGAGUUCUCAGCCCUCGGUGACACCGUGAUCGCCUCUGCCGACGCAGACGCCAACCAGGUGCUGGCCAUGAAGAUGAUGUCGGAGUCGACGGCCUUGCGUGAGCUGCCUGGGAUGCUGUCCCCCAACAUGCGGUGCGACUUCGCGGUGGCUGUGGACGACGCAGCCAAACGCUUGCUGGCGAACGUCUCCGACGCGAUCCUCGACAGGCGCAAACGGUCAGUCUUUAACUUGAUCGACCAGGUGUUCGCUGCCACGCGGACCGCGUACAAGAAGGAUGGGAGUCUCUGGAAGGACGGCUUCAGCGGCUCGUGGGACGACCUGGUGGCGCUGGCCAACAGCACCAUCAUGAGCGUGGUUGACGGCGACGCGCUGACCAGGGUGGCGGAUGCUCUCAGCGCCGAUGUGGACGAGUUCUGCAAGGAGGUCCAGCGGUAUGACCGCAUGACCGACUACAAGGAGACGGUCCUUUCGGCGAAGUUGGUGAGCACCAAUGCGAUGGUGAUCGUGCAGGAGGCAUCCAUCUUCCUGUGUUUCAAGAUGUUCGGGGAGCAGCCCGUCAAGCUGCGCAAGGGGCUCAUCAAGGACAUGGUCGCGAAGGGCCUCCUGGCGGCAGAGCCUGGGAAGCCAGGCAUCCUCGAGAUCAUGGCGCGCGAG